AUGAAUCUCUUCACUGUGAUUCUGCUUUGUCUGUGAUGAAUUAUUAAAUCACUAACAAAACCACAUCAAAUAUGUAAAGAAUGUUUAUUUGUGUUCUGUACUUUGAUGACAUGUUAGAAAUGCAUGAUAUUUAUAAGUCUUCAUGUACCAAUCUCUGCUUUGUUAUAUGCAAAUAUACAAUGUACUAGUCAUUAAUAGUAGACCUGUUGUCUAACUGUUCUAAUUUUUCCACAUCUGUCUGCUUUAGACUGGCUGAUGUGUGUCGUCGUGGCUCUGGUUUCAGCUGGUGCUGCAUCUUCAGCUCCUCCAGCAUCCACACAGAGUCUCACAGAUGCAGCAGAGGAAGCUCAGGAUCAGGAAGCUGUUCUCUGCAGUUCCUCUGCCAUUCCUGCUCACCCUCUACAAAUCAUUGAAAGCAUUUAUCUACACUGACUCUAACAAUGCAAAGCCACGACUGCUGGCAUUCAGAUAAGUGUAAUGCCACUGGCCACCUGUUCACUGCAACCAGGGGUGGCGCUCAAUGUCAUCUAAACUGGGCCGAUCUGCUGGCGCUGCACUGAGACACCAGCGAAUCAGCUGACGGCACUCUGUUCCACACAACACAGCCUUCAGAACCACAAAAGCACAAACUUCUGCUCGCUCACCACAUCAUCUUCAUCUCUUACCUGUCGACAGCUUCCUCGGGAAGUGCAGUCUGCUUUUGGACGUGACCGUCCGUGUGCCUCUGAAGGGGAAACAGUCGCACAGGAUGUUGUAGAGAGUCACGCCGAUGGACCAGACUGUCAGUGGAGAGGCAUGAUAGCGAUGAUGCCGAAACCACUCAGGAGGAGCAAAAGCAGGAGUGCCUGAGAGACACAAGAAGAGCACAAACACACACUCUAAAGGCUCCAAUAAACACAAACUCCCUUUGGAGGAUCACAAGUUCACAAACAUCCUCAGAGCGUUUCCUUCAGUCACACAAACCAACCUGCAAAGUAUCUGUAGGCCGAGUCCUUCAUCAGAUCUCCACAGCCGAAGUCCAGCAGUCCAGAUUUUUUACAUUUGAGUUGCUAUAGUAAAGCGUGUUAUUAUAUGACUAGAUAUAUAAACACUGAAAGCGCUGAAGAUCUUGGUUGAGAGAUGAGGCGAAUUUAGGGACUUGCAGAGACUUUUGUGCUGAAACUGAUUCUUCAAGAAGCCCUGAGGAUUUCUGAGAGUUUCUUUCCAGGACGACAUCGAAGGAUAUCGAAGGAUAUUUUCUUUGAAAAGAAUACAUAAUUAUUUUAAUCGUUCAGAUUACUUGUUAAGACGCUUAUUUUAUUGCUCUUUUGUCAUUUCUGUUUUAGUUUGUGCCUUUUUUUCUACUUGUUUGUUUGACAUUUCAGUUGUCUUUUAUUAAUUUGUCAUUAUAUUUUCUCUUGUUUGUAUUUUCUCUUGUGGUGGAGUUUUGCAGGACGGUCUUCAUGGCGCAAAUGGCUGAAAGAGGAAGCCGCUCCAGAUCCAGGAGUGCAGCUUUCACCCAGACAGCAGUUCAGGACACAGAGACACGGGACGCUUCUGGUGGGCUUCCUGGUUAUUUGGCACCUCUGUCUUCCCUGUUGGCCGAUUCAGUGUCCACAGAUCAGAGUAACAGGAAGAGGAAGCAGCAAACGGCGUCCACCUCGUCUAGGAGACCUGCCAAACGCUCUCGCAGAGACCAGUAUGCCAAGGGCCCGUUGCUGGGACGAGGCGGAUUCGGCUCUGUGUUUGCUGGGAUCCGCAGGUCUGAUGGACUGCCAGUGGCCAUCAAGUAUGUGUCUAAAGAGCGGACGCACACCAGACUGAAAGUUGAUGGUCAGGGUCGUCUGCCGCUGGAGGUGGCGUUGAUGACCCGCGUCUCUUCACCUCCUGUCUGCCCCAGUGUCCUGCAGCUGCUGGACUGGUUUGACCAUCGCAGACGCUACGUCCUGAUCCUAGAGCGUCCAGCUCCUUGCCAAGAUCUCCAGAGUUUCUGUGAGGAGAACGGCUGUCUGGACGAGCCUCUGGCCAAGAAAGUGCUGGUGCAGCUGAUCGCGGCGCUGAAACACUGCCAGAGGCGCCGCGUCCUGCACCGGGACAUCAAGCCAGAGAACCUGCUGAUCUCCACAGACUCACAUGACAUCAAGCUGCUGGACUUCGGCUGUGGAGAUCUGAUGAAGGACUCGGCCUACAGAUACUUUGCAGGUUGGUUUGUGUGACUGAAGGAAACGCUCUGAGGAUGUUUGUGAACUUGUGAUCCUCCAAAGGGAGUUUGUGUUUAUUGGAGCCUUUAGAGUGUGUGUUUGUGCUCUUCUUGUGUCUCUCAGGCACUCCUGCUUUUGCUCCUCCUGAGUGGUUUCGGCAUCAUCGCUAUCAUGCCUCUCCACUGACAGUCUGGUCCAUCGGCGUGACUCUCUACAACAUCCUGUGCGACUGUUUCCCCUUCAGAGGCACACGGACGGUCACGUCCAAAAGCAGACUGCACUUCCCGAGGAAGCUGUCGACAGGUAAGAGAUGAAGAUGAUGUGGUGAGCGAGCAGAAGUUUGUGCUUUUGUGGUUCUGAAGGCUGUGUUGUGUGGAACAGAGUGCCGUCAGCUGAUUCGCUGGUGUCUCAGUGCAGCGCCAGCAGAUCGGCCCAGUUUAGAUGACAUUGAGCGCCACCCCUGGUUUCAGUGAACAGGUGGCCAGUGGCAUUACACUUAUCUGAAUGCCAGCAGUCGUGGCUUUGCAUUGUUAGAGUCAGUGUAGAUAAAUGCUUUCAAUGAUUUGUAGAGGGUGAGCAGGAAUGGCAGAGGAACUGCAGAGAACAGCUUCCUGAUCCUGAGCUUCCUCUGCUGCAUCUGUGAGACUCUGUGUGGAUGCUGGAGGAGCUGAAGAUGCAGCACCAGCUGAAACCAGAGCCACGACGACACACAUCAGCCAGUCUAAAGCAGACAGAUGUGGAAAAAUUAGA